ACAGGUUGAAAAGCUACACAGGCUACUCACAUGAGUGCUUGCCCUGCCACUUUUUAGGUACCUGAUUUCUAAAAGGUCAUCUUUAGUUUUUGUGAAAGUGAAGCUGCAUCAAACAUGAAAACCUGUAAAUCCAGUCGCUUGGAUUCAGGCAUAGAACCAGACAUCCAGUGCAGAAGCGGGACAGACUGCAUCGUGAAGUGCAGUUCAGAGAGGAUGGAGAAUGCUGCCAAGAGAAGACUGGCUGCCAAUGCCAGGGAGAGGAGACGGAUGCAAGGGCUGAACACAGCCUUUGAUCGGUUGAGGAAGGUGGUUCCACAGUGGGGCCAAGAUAAGAAGCUGUCCAAGUAUGAAACCCUGCAGAUGGCUUUGAGUUACAUCAUGGCUCUCACUAGAAUACUUGCCGAAGCUGAAAGAUACAGUAGUGAAAGAGAAUGGCUUACCCUUCACUGUGAACACUUCCAUCCAGAGAGCUACCACCAUUACACGGGACAAAAAAUGUCAGCAGACAGUGAUGCUUACGCCCAGCGAAUAUUCAGCUAUCACCCUGAACAUUUUCAAAUAGCUAAUUAGAACUUUUUGCCAACUGAGAAUAUGCAGCAGGCCAGAUGUGUUAUUUAAUAAUUAGCAAGAAUAUUAAUCUGCUUGAAUAAGGUAAUAUUUGCAUUAUAACAGCUCAUUCUUGUUUGCAUUUUACACUAAUUUUACCAAAAAAAUUUGCUUUGAGAACUUUAAAUCAAAAUGCAUUUAACAAGAUUUAAUUUAUUUAAUGCUGAUGGAAAGCAUAUUAUUAAUUUGAAAUCUGUCUGCUAAUUGCUUCCUAGUUCAUCUAGUUCAUUUGAUUCUUCUGAUACCUAAGUUUGGGCGGUUUGGGGUUUUUGUCACUGCAGUGAAUCAUGACAAAAUUUUCUGCAGAUGAUGGGCGAAACUGACCUAUGGUGUACCUGAAGGGACUAACACCAGAAGUGAACUUCAUUACAUGGUUUUAUUUUUAUGUCAGCUUUAAAGUGAUUCUUUGGUUUGCUUUAAACUAAAUGGCUACCACGGAAAAAGUUUUCUAAUGUAUUGGAGUUCUAGUCCUCAGAGAACUAACUUUCUUAAACUUUGUAAGUUUGAUGUAUGGAUUGCAAGGUUGUGUAGGUUUGCUUUAAUCCAAUUUAUGGUGUCUCUUGUAUGCUCGAAAAAGAGCUGGUUUCAAGUCAUAAAAAGAAUGUUUUUAUUUUCAAUGGCUGUGAUUAUCUACCAUAAAUGAAAAUGCUUGUGUGAAAACAAUCUAAGCUUUUUUGUAGACUUUAAAUGUUUGGAUUUUAUUUUUUAUGUUAUCUGGAAACAACAGGUUUUGUUAAUCAUAAAUAAAAUGUUUUCUAUGAUACAUCCUCACCAACUACCUCAAAUUCCUGUUGUAGGAAUUACUAGUGGCUUUCCCGCCCCAAAUGUUACACCACUUCCAUUGUAAUCCUAGCAGUUUUGUGUGCAGAAGAAUCAGCUAGCAAAUGAUGCUUGCUUCCCAGUUAGAGUAAGAAGUGUUUGAUGUACCCUCUGAAAACCUGCCUUUAAAGGCGAGA